AUGGAGGGAGUUGGUGAUGUUAUGAAUGGCCGUACUAAUGAAGUUGCCAAAACACCACAGCCAUCGCCUAAAGAAAUUGGACGUGAAUUCGUUCGUCAAUACUACACGAUGCUAUCAGAAAGGCCACAGGAUGUUUUUCGCUUCUAUAGCCAUGAGUCAUAUUUUGCUCACGAUACGGACCAGCCUGUUCAAGGACAGCAGAAAAUACAGAAAGCAAUCGAACGUUUGGCUUUUGUUGACUGUAAAGCCCGAAUUUAUACCGUCAGUGGCACUGCCACAAUGAACAAUGGCUUAGUCAUACAAGUUUGUGGCGAGCUUUCGAUUGGCGAUAAUCCUGGAAGGCGUUUUUGCAAACGUUCAUUUUGUGUCCACAAACUCCAAAGAAAUACUAUGUCCACAAUGAUGUUUUCCAAUGGCUUGAUCGAGCCUUCGGUGAUACCGUUAUUCAGCCGCAAAAGAAUGAUGUUUUGGAAACAUGACGAGACAUUCCCAAAAGCUCCAAUUAGGCGGAAAGAUAUCCAGACUCAAAUUGCCACUGAAGAGAAUGUUGCACCAAAUGGUGAAGCUGGUGGAAUCAACGGUCAUACGCAGGCCGUCUCUGCAAGCCACAAUCAAAUUGAGACUAUCGUUCAGUCACCUGAUAGCUUGAAGAAAGAGCAGCAUCUUGAACCCAUUCAAGCAGUGAAUGCAAGUGCUAUUGUUCAGGAUGCGAAGCAUCAAAUGAAUGACAUAGCUAGUAGCAAGUCAGAUGACAGUUCUGCUGAAGAGGCACAGACGGAAGAUUCGAAUUCGGUUACAGUUGAUUCAGCACCGAAAACUUGGGCUAAAUUGGUCGGUGGUAAUCAAACAGCUGCAGUAACUAUUGCUGCUCAGCUGCAGAAUAUGACUCUGACGACAGCUCAGCCACCAGUGCGGUUGCCUAUAAUACAAAAUUCGGCUUCGAUCUCUCCUUCAAACAAUGCAAACCUUCUCUCAAAUUUCGAAGACAACUGUCGGCUCUACGUGGGUGGCAUAACACGCAAUAUUGUUCCAGAAAGCGCAGCUGCAAUUGAAAGAGAUAUACGUUUCGAGUUUGAAAAAUUUGGACAUGUUGCUGCGGUAAAUGUUCCUCGUCGUGUGCUGGACUCUGCGGAUCCACAGCGGACUGUUUUUGCUUUUGUGGUUAUGAGAACACCAGAGGGUGCAAGAAAUGCAUUCAAUGCUGCAAGAAAGGAGCGGUCGCUUUCACUUCUGCAUCUAAAAAUUGAUUCACUUGGAUUCGACGGCGAAGCCACUCUUUCGGAGCAGAAAGGUGGGCAGAUGAACCCCCGUACUCCGUUUAUACACAGAGGCCCUACAUUGCAAGGCUUGUCACGCGGCGGAUUCAAUGUGCGUAAUGGAUCUGGUGGCGGGCGUGGUGGUGGAGGAGGAUCUCGCGGAUUGCGACAUUACAGUGGUGCUAGUGAAUAUCGUCAGUCAAACGAGCACGGUCGGCACUAG